AAAAAUAAGAACAAAAUAAGAAAAUAACUGAAAUCAAUUAUCCACGCUGCGCUGCUUGACCGCUUCAGCUCCCGUCCUUUAAGCCUCCCCUUAACAAACUUGUCACUGCAGCGCAGCAUCUGCACUUCUCUGCUUCUGCUCAUAACAAAAUAUUAAGACGAGAGCGUUUCGCUUAUAAAUGGCAAAUCGGUAUUUCCCAUUUUUCCAUUGUUAACAAAGAAGAGAAUUAAAGUGGAAAAAACACUAGAGCUCGAAGCUAUAACGAACAGCUUGGAUCUACAGCACGCAGGCCGCUAGGGUUUCAUUGAUAGAUUCUUUCAACAAUGGCGAUGGCUGCUUUGAGACGCGAAGGGAGGCGAUUCGCUGCCCCCCUCAUCAGUUCCCAACCGAUGACCGCCAUCCGAUCCUCUCUUAUUGCUGAGGAGCAGACCCCUCUUGGAUUACGUUCUAUCUCAACUCAAGUUGUCAGAAAUCGAAUGAAGAGUGUCAAGAAUAUUCAGAAAAUUACAAAGGCUAUGAAGAUGGUUGCAGCCUCAAAGUUACGUGCAAUUCAAACUGGAGCAGAAAAUUCCCGUGGCCUAUGGCAGCCAUUUACUGCUCUUCUUGGCGAUGUUCCUAGUGUGGAUGUGAAGAAGAAUGUAAUUGUCACUAUUUCUUCAGACAAAGGUCUAUGUGGAGGAAUUAACUCCACAUCAGUCAAGAUAAGCAAGGCUAUACACAAGUUGACUGCUGGUCCUGAGAAAGAAACAAAAUAUGUCAUCUUGGGAGAAAAGGCGAAGGCUCAGUUGAUUCGUGACUCGAGGAAGGACAUUGAACUAUCCAUUACUGAGUUGCAGAAGAAUCCUCUGAACUAUACUCAGGUCUCUGUUCUGGCAGAUGACAUCUUAAAGAAUGUGGAGUAUGAUGCUUUGAGGAUUGUCUUCAACAAGUUCCAUUCAGUUGUUUCAUUUAUUCCAACCAUGUCAACUGUUUUAUCUCCAGAGGUUGUGGAGAAAGAGGCUGAAUCUGGGGGAAAACUUGGAGAACUUGACUCUUAUGAGAUUGAAGGUGGUGAAACAAAGGGUGAAAUACUUCAGAAUCUUGCCGAGUUCCAGUUUUCUUGUGUCCUGUUCAAUGCUAUAUUGGAGAAUGCUUGCAGUGAACAAGGAGCAAGGAUGUCUGCUAUGGACAGCUCAAGCAGAAAUGCUGGCGAGAUGCUUGAUCGUCUGACACUUACUUAUAACAGAACUCGUCAAGCAUCAAUUACUACUGAGUUGAUUGAGAUUAUAUCGGGAGCAUCAGCACUAGAAGGUUAAUUAAAUCUCAUGCCUAGGGUGCUUGAUAGCGACGAAAUAAGGUCUUAGCAAAGGCCUUCUUGGAACUUUAUGGCUAUAUUUUGAGGAUGUUUUUGUUGAGCUACUCCAAUAAUCCCCCUACAAUUGUACUUCAUUUCAGGGAAUUGAAAAUCAUAUUUGUGAUGGUUUCCAGUGAUUUUGGGUUCAUAUACUUUUCUACCUAUGUACCUUCAAAUGGAAACUAAAUGACUAUAUUUUGGAAUGUGAUAGUUCCUGUAAAUUGUGUUUCA